CAACAUUCUGCCAUCUGCUCAGAGUGUGAAAAAAGAUCAGUCCCCGUCAUCCUCUUUCGUCCCGGUGGAUGGACGGUCUGAUACAUCAAGACCGAACACUCUUGCUCUCCUGGCCGAAGCAGAGAGUAAGUGAGGUUCGGUAAAUGACACCUCCAGCCACCUAACGACAGGAUGGCUUCAAUACCACCUCCUCCGCCGCCAGGAUGGAGUGCUGGUGCACCACCGCCACCUCCACCUGGUAUGGCUCCUCCGCCGCCGGGUUAUCGCCCACCAGUCGAUCCUCAAGCCGCAAAGUUUGCGCAGAAGAAGAAGGAAUGGCUCCGGUCACAGCGCAACAGGUUCGGCGAGAAACGAAAGGGUGGCUUCGUCGAGACACAGAAGGCUGACAUGCCGCCGGAACAUUUACGCAAGAUCGUCAAAGAUAUUGGCGAUGUCAGUCAGAAGAAAUUCAGCAGCGACAAACGCAGUUACCUGGGCGCGCUGAAGUACAUGCCUCACGCCGUAUUCAAGCUCCUGGAAAACAUGCCCAUGCCGUGGGAGAGUGCCAGGGAAGUCAAAGUUCUGUACCACGUGAACGGUUGUUUGACACUGGUCAACGAGAUUCCCAGAGUAAUUGAGCCAGUAUUCCAUGCCCAGUGGGCGACCAUGUGGGUGUGCAUGAGAAGAGAAAAGAGCGACAGAAGACAUUUCAAACGUAUGCGAUUUCCUCCUUUCGACGACGAAGAACCUCCUCUGUCUUGGUCAGAAAACAUUGAAGACGUGGAGCCUCUUGAGCCGAUUCAGAUGGAGUUGGACGAGAACGAAGAUGGUCCAGUCUAUGAAUGGUUCUACGAGCAUCGACCUCUGCUUGAUACGUCGCAUGUUGGCGGACCGAGUUACAAGACCUGGAACCUGUCUUUGCCACAGAUGGCGACACUGUACAGAUUAUCGCAUCAGAUACUGAGCGAUGUGGUCGACAAGAACUAUUUUCAUAUGUUUGACCGGCCGAGCUUCUUCACGGCGAAAGCCUUGAACGUCGCCAUUCCCGGUGGACCACGCUUCGAGCCUCUUUACAAGGAUAUCGACCCGAACGAUGAAGAUUUCGGCGAGUUCAAUGCGAUUGACCGUAUCAUUUUCCGAGCUCCAAUCCGGACGGAGUACAGAGUGGCGUUCCCAUACCUCUACAACUCCCUGCCACGGAGUGUGAAGAUUUCAUGGUAUUCACACCCACAGGUCGUCUAUGUCCGCUCCGAAGACCCUAACCUCCCUGCCUUCUACUUCGACCCAGCCAUCAACCCUAUCUCAUCGAGAUCAGUCGCACCCAAGAAUAUCACUGUUAGCCACGAAGACGAAAUCUUUGGCGCCGGCAACAACGAGGAUGAUGAGUUCGAGCUGCCAGGCAACGUCGAGCCCUUCCUUGCUGAUGAAGAGCUGUAUACUUCCGAGACAUCAUCUGCCAUCGCCUUGUGGUGGGCCCCUUUCCCCUUCGAUAGGAGGUCGGGCAAGAUGGUUCGAGCUCAAGACGUGCCGCUGGUCAAGCAGUGGUACCUGGAACACUGCCCACCUGGUCAGCCAGUCAAAGUCCGAGUUUCCUAUCAGAAGAUGCUGAAGUCAUUUGUCCUGAACGAGCUGCACAAGAAGAAGCCCAAGGCUCAGAACAAGCAGGAUCUUCUCAAGACUCUGAAACAGACCAAAUUCUUCCAGCAGACCACUAUCGACUGGGUAGAAGCAGGUCUACAGGUGUGCCGGCAAGGUUUCAAUAUGUUGAAUCUUCUCAUUCAUCGCAAGAACUUGACGUAUUUGCACUUGGACUACAACUUCAAUCUCAAGCCUGUCAAGACUUUGACAACCAAGGAACGAAAGAAGUCGAGAUUCGGAAACGCUUUCCAUUUGAUGCGUGAAAUCCUGAGAUUGACGAAGCUUAUUGUCGACGCCCAAGUCCAAUACAGACUGGGAAACAUCGAUGCCUUCCAGUUGGCUGAUGGUAUAUUGUACGCAUUCAACCACGUUGGACAGCUCACCGGCAUGUACCGAUACAAGUACAAGCUCAUGCAUCAGAUUCGGUCAUGCAAGGAUCUCAAGCAUUUGAUCUACUACCGCUUCAAUUCCGGUCCAGUCGGCAAAGGACCUGGAUGUGGUUUCUGGGCACCGGCCUGGCGUGUCUGGCUCUUCUUCAUGAGAGGUAUCAUCCCACUACUAGAGCGAUGGCUCGGAAAUCUGCUUUCAAGACAGUUUGAAGGUCGUCACAGCAAGGGUGUUGCAAAGACAGUCACCAAGCAACGUGUCGAAUCACAUUUCGACUUGGAGCUGCGUGCCUCUGUCAUGGCCGACUUGAUGGACAUGAUGCCUGAGGGUAUCAGACAGAACAAGGUUAACACUGUGCUGCAGCACUUGUCCGAGGCAUGGCGUUGCUGGAAGAGUAACAUUCCUUGGAAGGUUCCUGGCUUGCCCGCACCGAUCGAGAACAUCAUCUUGCGAUAUGUUAAGAGCAAGGCCGACUGGUGGAUCUCUGUGGCUCACUACAACCGUGAAAGAAUCAGGAGAGGUGCCACUGUCGACAAGACUGUCGCGAAGAAAAACUUGGGUCGCUUGACCAGAUUGUGGUUGAAGUCUGAGCAGGAGAGGCAGCACAAUUAUCUCAAGGAUGGGCCUUAUGUCUCUUCGGAAGAGGCCGUGGCUAUCUACACAACCACGGUGCACUGGCUUGAGUCACGGAAGUUCUCACCAAUCCCGUUCCCGAGUGUCUCAUACAAGCACGACACCAAGAUUCUCAUUCUCGCUCUCGAAAGACUACGAGAAGCAUACUCUGUCAAGGGCAGACUGAACCAGAGUCAGCGUGAAGAACUUGCCUUGAUUGAGCAGGCAUACGACUCACCUGGAACAACGCUCGCAAGGAUCAAGCGCUUCCUCUUAACACAGCGAGCAUUCAAGGAAGUGGGAAUCGACAUGAAUGAUAACUACAGCUCGAUCAAUCCUGUCUAUGAUGUGGAACCUAUCGAGAAGAUCACAGAUGCAUACCUUGAUCAGUAUCUCUGGUAUCAAGCCGACCAACGACAUCUGUUCCCAUCGUGGGUCAAGCCUUCAGAUUCCGAGGUUCCUCCAUUAUUGGUCUACAAAUGGGCGCAAGGCAUCAACAACCUGACCAAUGUUUGGGAGACUGCCGAUGGUGAAUGCAACGUCAUGAUCGAGACUCAGCUCUCGAAGGUCUAUGAAAAGAUUGAUCUGACCCUGCUCAAUCGCUUGCUUAGACUGAUCAUGGAUCACAACUUGGCAGAUUACAUCACGUCCAAGAACAAUGUCCAGCUGAAUUACAAGGACAUGAAUCAUACCAACAGCUACGGCUUGAUCAGAGGUCUACAGUUCUCUGGAUUCGUCUUCCAGUACUACGGCCUGGUAAUUGAUCUGCUCUUGCUUGGUCUACAACGAGCCAGUGAGCUUGCUGGUCCACCUCAGAGCCCGAACGACUUCCUGCAGUUCCGAGACCGCGAGACGGAGACGAGACAUCCGAUCCGCUUGUACACAAGAUACAUUGACAAGAUCUGGGUCUUCUUCAGAUUCACUGCUGAAGAAUCAAAGGACUUGAUACAACGAUUCUUGACCGAGCAACCGGACCCGAACUUCGAAAAUGUUAUUGGCUACAAAAACAAGAAGUGCUGGCCUCGUGACUCUCGUAUGCGAUUGAUGAGACACGACGUCAACCUCGGUCGCGCUGUUUUCUGGGACUUGAAGAACAGACUGCCUCGCUCCAUGACCACGAUUGAGUGGGAUGACACCUUUUCAAGUGUUUACUCGCGCGACAACCCCAACCUCCUGUUCUCGAUGUGCGGAUUCGAAGUCAGAAUCCUGCCUAAGCUCCGUAACCAGAAUGACGAGUUCCCGAUCAAGGACAGCGUCUGGGCUCUGGCCAACAAUGAGACCAAGGAACGUACUGCCUACGCUUUCUUGCAGGUCACCGAGGAGGACAUUGCCAAGUUCAACAACCGUAUCAGACAGAUCUUGAUGUCGUCAGGCUCGACUACUUUCACGAAGAUUGCGAACAAAUGGAACACGACGUUGAUUGCACUUUUCACGUAUUACAGAGAAGCCGCUGUCUCGACCGUCAAUCUGCUCGACACUAUUGUCAAAUGCGAGACUAAAAUUCAGACUCGUGUCAAGAUCGGUCUCAACUCGAAGAUGCCUUCGCGUUUCCCACCCGCGGUAUUCUAUACACCAAAGGAACUUGGUGGUCUGGGUAUGAUUUCAGGAUCUCACAUCCUCAUUCCGACCAGCGACAAGCGAUGGUCGAAACAGACGGACACUGGAGUUACGCAUUAUCGUGCCGGUAUGACUCACGACGAGGAGACGCUGAUUCCCAAUAUUUUCCGCUAUAUCGUGCCCUGGGAAAGCGAGUUCAUUGAUUCGCAACGAGUGUGGACUGAGUACUCUCAGAAGCGUCUGGAGGCCAACCAGCAAAAUCGUCGUCUUACACUCGAAGAUCUUGAGGACAGCUGGGAUCGAGGUCUGCCACGUAUCAACACUCUUUUUCAGAAGGACAGAAGUACACUCAGCUUCGACAAGGGUUUCAGAGCCCGAACCGAGUUCAAGCAGUACUCGUUGAUGAAGAGCAAUCCCUUCUGGUGGACCAGUCCGAGACACGACGGAAAAUUGUGGAACUUGAAUGCCUACCGGACGGAUGUGAUUCAAGCUCUUGGUGGUGUCGAAACCAUCCUAGAACAUACUCUGUUCAAAGCCACGGCAUUCCCGUCCUGGGAAGGUCUUUUCUGGGAAAGAGCUUCUGGUUUCGAGGAAUCGAUGAAAUACAAGAAACUUACCAACGCGCAGCGCUCCGGUCUCAACCAGAUCCCUAACCGUCGUUUCACCUUGUGGUGGUCGCCAACGAUCAACAGAGCUAAUGUCUAUGUCGGUUUCCAGGUCCAACUUGACUUGACGGGUAUCUUCUUGCACGGCAAGAUCCCUACGCUUAAGAUCUCGCUCAUUCAAAUUUUCCGCGCACAUCUAUGGCAGAAGAUCCAUGAAUCUGUGGUCAUGGACCUGUGCCAGGUGUUCGAUCAAGAGCUGGAACAACUUGGCAUUGAGACUGUUCAGAAGGAGACGAUCCAUCCCAGAAAGUCGUACAAGAUGAACAGUUCCUGCGCAGACAUUCUGCUGUUUGCCAGCCACAAGUGGAACGUUACUCGACCAUCGUUGCUUUUCGACACGAAAGAUCAGAUCGAGGCCACCACGACCAACAAGUUCUGGGUAGACUGCCAGCUUCGCUACGGAGAUUAUGAUUCGCACGACAUUGAACGAUAUGUCCGGGCAAAGUACCUCGACUACACCACUGACAGCAUGAGUAUCUAUCCUUCCGCCACUGGACUCAUGGUUGGUAUUGAUCUUGCAUACAAUCUCUACUCGGCGUACGGUCAAUACUUCCCUGGUCUGAAGGCAUUGGUCCAACAGGCCAUGGCGAAGAUCAUGAAAGCAAAUCCGGCGUUGUAUGUGCUUCGCGAGCGUAUCCGAAAAGGUCUCCAACUGUAUGCCUCAGAAAGCACACAGGAGUUCCUGAACUCGCAGAAUUAUUCGGAAUUGUUCAGCAACCAGACUCAACUGUUCAUCGAUGACACGAACGUUUACCGUGUCACCAUUCACAAGACCUUCGAGGGUAACUUGACGACCAAGCCGAUCAACGGAGCAGUAUUCGUGUUCAACCCUAGAACCGGACAGCUUUUCCUGAAGAUCAUCCACACCAGUGUGUGGGCUGGCCAGAAACGUCUUGGUCAGUUGGCCAAGUGGAAGACUGCCGAAGAGGUUGCGGCGCUUAUCAGAUCCCUGCCCGUCGAAGAGCAGCCCAAGCAACUCAUCGUCACCCGUAAGGGUUUGCUGGAUCCGCUCGAAGUCCAUCUGCUCGACUUCCCCAAUAUCUCUAUCCGGGCUUCAGAGUUGCAACUACCUUUCCAGGCGGCGAUGAAGGUCGAGAAACUGGCAGACAUGAUUCUUCAGGCCAAGGAGCCCCAAAUGGUGUUGUUCAACCUCUACGAUGAGUGGUUGAAGACCAUUUCGUCCUACACAGCAUUCUCCCGCCUGAUCCUCAUUCUUCGUGCCCUGCACGUCAACACUGAUAAGACCAAGCUGCUGUUGCGUCCCGACAAGUCGGUCAUCACUCAGGCACAUCACAUCUGGCCGACACUGUCCGACGAGGACUGGAUCAAGGUUGAGGUGCAACUUCGAGAUCUGAUUUUGAACGAUUAUGGAAAGAAGAACAAUGUCAACGUCCAGUCCCUCACCAGCUCUGAGGUCCGCGACAUCAUAUUAGGAAUGGAAGUCUCCGCACCCUCAAUGCAACGACAACAAGCUGCAGAAAUCGAGAAGCAGCAACUGGAACAACAGCAGUUGACCGCUGUAACCACCAAGACGCAGAAUGUCCGUGGCGAAGAGAUCAUUGUGACGACCACUUCUCAAUAUGAGCAACAGUCGUUCGCGUCCAAGACUGAAUGGCGAACUCGGGCCAUUGCCACCUCCAACCUUCGCACUCGUGCCAACAACAUUUACAUUUCAAGUGAUGACAUUCACGAAUCGGAGGAUGCGUACACCUAUAUCCUACCGAAGAAUAUCUUGAAGAAGUUCAUCACAGUUGGAGACCUGCGGGUGCAAGUGGCAGGAUAUCUCUAUGGCUCUUCGCCGCCAGACAAUGACCAGGUCAAGGAAAUCAAGACAAUUGUCAUGGUACCUCAAGUUGGCAGCACUCGUGAGGUGCAACUGCCCCACCAGCUUCCUCAGCACGAGUACUUGAAGAACAUGGAGCCCCUGGGUAUCAUUCAUACAGCCUCAGGCAAUGAGACGUCAUACAUGAGUGCUGCGGACGUAACGCAGCACGCUCGUCUGAUGGCGCAACACUCGUCAUGGGACAAGAAGACAGUUACACUCACCGUGUCUUUCACGCCAGGCUCGGUGUCCCUUUCAGCCUGGUCACUGACUCCCGCCGGCUACACGUGGGGCGCGAACAAUAAGGACACGCAGUCAGACAAUCCGGCGGGAUUCUCGACCUCGUUCGGCGAGAAGGUGCAGCUACUGCUUUCGGACAAGAUUCGUGGGUACUUCCUGGUGCCGGAGACCGAGACGUGGAACUACAGCUUUAUGGGCGCGAGCUUUUCGGCGGUCGAGAAGAGGCCUGUCUAUGUGAAGAUUGAUACUCCUCGGCGCUUCUACGAUGACAAGCAUCGACCCAUUCAUUUCAGCAGUUUCAACGAGCUGGAGGACAUUUGGGCUGACAGGGAGGAUGUGUUUGCUUGAGCGGACAGGCUCUGGCCAUGACAAAUAUCGGGCUCCAGUGUAGUUUUAUCAACAUGAUGAAGAUGGCAUGUCAAUGAUGGAGGGCUUAGUUUUAUGUUACGAAAAUUGCAGAAUCAAUUUGAUACCUAGUUUACCACUUGU